AUGUCUCAACAGCUAUUAAUCGUUUGUCCUCAAAAGUCGCCACAGGCUGUGCUGCUAAAACAAUCAUUCGACAGUUUUGCAAUGGUAGGUAUUACCAGGGGUAUGUUUACUAGUACCGAGAGUUAUUGUCGUCAAACCAUCCAAAAGUAUGAGCAUUUGCUCUACCCAUUUGCUGAAAGUUUCUCUCCAGAUGGCAAACUAGGUAAACUAUAUCCUGAUCACUUCUGUUUCGCACUCUUCCAAAUUCUUCACGCUCAUCGCGUCGACCUUGCUUUCAAACCCUCAUUUUCUUCCACGGACAUUUAA